AUGUCCUCAUCAAGUAAUACCAAUGAAUAUUUUAACAAACAACGAGAUCUACUUCUACAGGAAAUUUCCAGCAAUUUAUCUGAAGUGUAUCAGAACUUGGAGACGCUAAACCGGGCAAUGAAUGAGAGUAUUCAGAUUGGGAAAGAAUUUGAUGAUGUAGGUCGGCUAUGGGCAGUUUUUUAUGAUGGGAUGAACGAAUUGAGAAAACUACAAAGCGAGGCAGAAAAGAAACUGGUGGAUGUACUGGAAGAGAAAGAGUUGUAUAGUCGGUCCGAUGUACCUUCUGAAAAAGAUUAA